AUAAAAAGGGAACAGUGGCUGGGCCGUGCACCACAUUCUCUCUCCUCUUCAUCCCAGGCAGGCAGACUCCCUCUCAGCAGCCAUGUCCUUCUCCAGAUCUAGCAUGUCCUACAGCAGCAGCGGUGGUGGAGGUGGCACCAUGUCCAUGAGGUCUGGAGGUGGAGGAGGCCGCGUCACUGCCAUGAGGGCCGGCAGUGUGUAUGGAGGUGCAGGAGGCUCUGGGGUGCGCAUCUCUAGCUCCUCGUUUGGUUCCGGCGGCGGAGGUGGUGGUGGCAGUUAUGGUUUCGGACUCCAUGUGUCAGCCAAUGAAAAGGCCACAAUGCAGAACCUGAACGACCGCCUGUCCAACUACUUGGAGAAGGUGCGCAAGCUAGAGGCGGCCAACGCCGAGCUGGAGCUGAAGAUCCGUCAGUUCAUGGAGAGCAAGACGUCUCCCAGCUCUCGCGACUACUCUCGCUUCCACACUACUAUCGCCGACCUGCAGGACAAGAUCCAGGCUGCUACUCGCGUAAACGGAGGCACCUAUCUCAACAUUGACAACUCAAAGCUUGCUGCAGACGACUUCAGAACCAAGUAUGAGAACGAGCUGGCCAUGCGUCAGUCGGUGGAGGCGGACAUCGCCGGACUGAAGAGGAUGCUGGACGAGAUGACCAUGGCCAGAUCUGACCUGGAGAUGCAGAUCGAGGGGCUGAAGGAGGAGCUCAUCUAUCUCAAGAAGAACCAUGAGGAGGAGCUGCUGGCCAUGAGGACACAGAUGACUGGACAGAUCAACGUGGAGGUGGACGCAGCACCACAGGAGGACCUGUCCAGAGUCAUGGCUGAGAUCCGUGAGCAGUACGAGUCCGUUAGUGCCAAGAACCAGCGCGACCUGGAGGCCUGGUUCCAGACCAAGGUAGAACCUCUAGAACCUCUAAACUAUGUUCAUGGUGUAGAUGUUCCUUCACUUCUAGUUGGUAACAUUGUCACAUUCUAUCAUGAGUAG